CAGAAAACAAAUUCAACAGUAAGGUUACUUCUUCUUCUUCUUCUUCUUCUCUCUGGAAUUUUCCCUGACUUUUGUGUGCAUCGAUGGCGGCGAUCAGUCUCCGGAAGGGGAACACGCGGCUGCCGCCGGAGGUGAACCGCGUGCUGUACGUUCGGAACCUUCCCUUCAACAUCACGAGCGAGGAGAUGUACGACAUCUUCGGCAAGUACGGCGCCAUUCGGCAGAUCCGCAUCGGCACCAACAAGGACACUCGCGGAACGGCCUUCAUCGUCUACGAGGACAUCUACGACGCCAAAACCGCCGUCGACCACCUCUCCGGCUUCAACGUCGCCAACCGCUACCUCAUCGUUCUCUACUACCAGCAAGCGAAGAUGAGCAAGAAGUUCGAUCAGAAGAAGAAGGAGGACGAGAUCGCGCGCAUGCAGGAGAAGUACGGCGUCUCCACCAAAGAUAAGUAAAUUAAGUACUUCCUUCUCGGAAAUGCCUAGGGUUAGGGUUAGGGUUUUCGAGACUCUGUUUGGAGGUUAUUUUGUAUUCUUAUUAUUGUUGGAGUUAGUAUAAGUGACUAUGAAUUAAUGUUUACGAUGCUAUCAUUAUUUGUGAGAAUGAAAUGAAAUAUAAAUUCAUCGGAGAUGCAAUGCCUUGUGGUUGUUAGUUAGGGGUUUUCGAGAAACUCGUCUCUGUAUUUAUGUCGUUGUUCGAGUUGCUAUUGAAUACUAGUAUAAACGGUUAGGACCAA